AUGGGUCUCAACAUAGUUCAGACCGGCCUCCGGGUCUGGCAGUUCAUUUGGACUUUGCUCAUCAUGGCUCUUGUGGGCAACAUGAUCGAUACCGCCAUGGCUGGAAACCCAUCUGUAGUCAACUACACGAUGUUCGUAGUGGCCUUCUCCAUGUUCUCCCUCUUUUACUUGUUCCCGGCUUCUUUCAACCCAGACUGGGCCAUUAGCCCCAUCAUCAUGAUUGUCGUCGAUGCCCUCAACAUGAUCUUCUUCUUCUGCGCCGCAGUGGCACUCCCUUCCUACCUGCAUGUCCACUCGUGCAGCAACGCUGGCUACCUCGCCAGCAACUCCAUCACAAACGGCUCGUUCGACAUGGAGAAGCGCUGUCGCGAGGCUCAAGCCUCCACUGCGUUCCUGUGGUUCGCCUGGGCGGGCUACCUCGCCUCACUGAUCAUCUCCAUCCUCAUGUCUCGCUCUGCCGGCUCCAAGCUCGGCUCCGGCGGUGGAAGUCGCCGCCGUCCCAACAUGGCUCAGGUUUAA